GAACGGCUCCAUUCCUUCGCUCCUGCCCCGCCCCUUUCGUGUUUUCCUCCCCCCGAGGUUUUUUUUGGCGGCGGGGGCGUCUUGGGCAGGACAUGUCCCUCUCGUGCUUCUUUAACCCUCUUCACGGCUGCUUGCUCCACGCGGACGGCCACGGGGAAGUGUGGACCGACUGGAACAGCACGUCCAAGUUCUUCCAGUAUGGCUGGCGGUGCACCACCAACGAGGACAUGUACACCAGCCCGACCCUCCUGGGGAACUGGAACGAGGAGCGUUACGACAUCCAGAAAAGGAGGCAGCUCAAACCUCUCCCUUCCCAGUACACUCACUAUUUCGAGUCCACCUACGCAACAGACUAUUCCAAGGAAAAGCCUCGCAGAUUAAGAAGGGUGACGCGAGAACCCCACUGGUUCCCCGGACACCAGCCCGAGCUGGAGCCUCCGCCAAUCAAGCCCACCGCCCGGUCGUGCUACAUGAUCGAUUACGAGUCCCCGCACGGCAGGCCAGCCUGCUCCUUGGUCGAAGCGAAGCCCAAGGAAGCAGCGGAGACGCCGCCCAAGCAGUAGGCCGCUGCUCCAGGAUCCCCUGGGGCUGGAAAUCUCUGCCGGAGGGUCUCCUCGCCCCACCGCCAAGUUCAGAAGAAGCGCGGUUGCCUGAGCCGCCGUUCCUAAAAUAAAAGAAAUGCCUGCCAGGAGACUCCCGACAUGUUCGCCUUUCCGUUCUGGUUCCUUCCUAGUUUCGUGGG